AUGGCAUCGACUGCAGCGCAAGGGGAUGCGCUCGGCAUGAGUGAGCAGCUGAUGCAGCUUGACCAGGCCAUUACACUUGCUUUGCAAGAGAUAGACGAGAACUUUUCACAGGCGCACCAGGUCGUGACGUCGCGCAUUCUACCGGCCGUGCGGGAGUACGAAGUGUCUUGCGCGCGGACCUGGGCGAAUGCCCAAUUUUGGAAACGGUUUUUCGAGGCAUCUGCACAAGUAUCACUUUCGCAGCAGCCUGCGGAAGAGCUGGAGACGACGUUUACGGAGCCAGCUGCGCAAGAUGCAUCGGUGCGCGCCGAAGACGAUACGACCACUGCGCCGGACCAAGACGAUCAGACUCAUCUGACGCGCGAUAGCGACCACUUACAAUCCCCCCCGAGGCUGAGCCACAGCAUGUAUGCACCGAACGACUCGGAUUUGCCGGCACCGACUCCGUUCGAGCGCUUGAAACACGAUGUCGAGCAGAGCCAAUUGUACGAGCAACCGCAGCGGCACGACGCGCCAUUGCAUGCGUCGGACGUGUCUGUGUCUGUGGAGGACUCCUCGAUUGCACACACGCAGCGCAUGCCAUUCUCAUCGAGCCCAUUGAAAGCAAGGGCAGUUGCCAGUCCCGCACGCACGCAGCGGCGUCUUUCUGCGCGCCCGCGCGUGAGCAUCCAGCCGACCGACCAAGGACUUUUGACGAACCCCUUUUCCACAGAGGACAGUGUGCGGCUAUGGAAUGGGAUUGCCGACUUGCGCAAGACGCCGCUGCGCGGCCAGCACGGUGCAGCGACUCCUUUUCGCUCGCCAAGCAAGGUGCAGCAGGAAGCCGACGAGCACGACUCGCUCGAGUGGCCUCAAGGCAUGUCGCCGCCCGUGACGAUGCAAUUUUCUGUGUCAAAAAGCAAGUAUGCGAACACGCCCGCGAAAGAUGCAGCAAAAAGCAAGGUCGACGACUUGGUGCAGUCUGUCAGCGGGCUUCCUUCCGCUGCGCGGCACGGCAAGACACCAGCAAAGCGUAGACAGAGCGUGGUCGGGACGCCGCUUACUCGGCGCACGCCUAGUGCACGUCGCGACUCCUUGCCGACGCCGCCGACGAUUACCAAAGUGCACAACGCGCCGCCUGGAUCGCACGAUGCGCCAGAGCAGAGUGUGCAGCAGCACGCUGGACACGAAAUGAGUCCCACCGUAUCGCACAUCCCCGGCAUGCUGGAUAAAAUGCUUGCACUCGACGACGACAACCUCUCUGACGAGGAGAAUGCGACGCGUGCAACACAAGGCCAUCCCACCGCGACGUUUAGCUCCGCAUUGCAGGCGUCGAGCACGAGUCGCUCGAUUGAAGACGAUACAUUGUUCGGCAUGGCGCUGUCGAAGCGCGAGCCAAAUACGACACAGGGCCCGCACAAUCGCUCGCUCUCUGGCGCGGUGCGUCGGACAAGCGAAGAGCUACGUCUCUUGGGCGAGUUUUAG